AUGGUUCAUAUUCCACGGAGUUCGAGCCAAAGAGGUGGCGGUGUAGGUAUAUUGCACAAAGAUACUCUUGACUUGAAAAUUACUGAGACUGUGAACACUUUCGCCUCAUUUGAAUGUAUUGAACGGCUUCUCAAAUUAGACUCCACGUGGAUAAGAGUUGUUGUAGUUUACCGACCUCCUGUUUCAAGUGUAAAUGCCUUGAGUGGAUCCAUGUUUUUAAGUGAGUUUUCGGUUUAUUUGGAAAAUCUAGUGCUGUUACCCGGCGAAGUCCUUAUCAUCAUAGGCGUACCGGGCGGGGGGGCGGGGGGGGCGGCAGUUUUUUGGGCAGUCGGGCAAUAUGCGAUCAACAGUCGGGCAAUUUUGGCUUGCAAUAAAAAAAAUGGGACAAAUUCUGUCAAUUUUGUCUAAAAUUAAGUCAAGGGGAGGUCGCAAAAAUAAGGGGGAGGGGAAGGUCGCCAAAAUAAUUUUUACGGAAAAUUUUUUUUGAUACUAGUCGGGCAGAAUUCGAAAAGUCGGGCAAUUUUCUUUCCGCCCCCCUAAUUUUUUCCUUCCGGUACGCCCAUGCUUAUCAUGGGUGAUUUUAACUUUCAUACGGAUGACUUUACGAACCAUAACGCUUGUGAGUUCUCAAAUUUAUUAGAUACAUUUAAUAUGUCACAACAUGUUAGUGAACCUACUCACCAAUCUGGUCACACACUUGACCUACUUAUAACGAGACAAGAUUCGAACUUAAUAAAUGGUAUAUGUGUCCACACACCUUGGAUAAGUGAUCACAGUAUUGUGUAGUUUAAAACCACCACAAAGAAACCGAGUGUUGCUCGGAAAACAGUAUCUUAUCGACGAUGGAAAUCACUUGAUGUAAACCAGUUUCGGCAGAGUAUAGAUGAUAUUGACAUUCAAUCUGUCAACUCGCUUUCUGAUCUUGCUCUGUUGUACAACAGUGCCUUACGUGAUCUUUUAGAAAAACAUGUUCCCUUGAGAAGUAAAACUGUCACAUUACACCCGCAAGCUGAAUGGUUUGAUGCCAAGUUGCUAAUAGAAAAGAGAGCAAAAAGAAAGUUGGAACGUAAGUUCCGAUUAUCUAAUUCACCUGAAGAUAUUCGUCAGUUCAACGAGCACUCAGAGUAUUACAGUCACUUGCUAGUUACAACGAGGCAGAAAUUUUACACAGAUAAGAUUGAGGCAAAUUAUGGUGAUCAGAAAGUACUAUUCCAAGUGUUAGAUAAACUUUUACACCGUGAGAAUCAACGUCAAUUUCCACCGCAUGACAAUCUUGAUAAUCUUACAAAUAUGUUUGCGGAUUUUUUUGUCCGGAAAAUUGAUACAAUUCGCUCUCAAUUACAUUUGGCUACUGUCGAUAAUCUGCUAGGAUUUGAAUCUUCCUGUGAGACCGUUGAAAAGUUGGAAUAUUUUAGUUCAGUUUCUGAGCAUCAGAUUGAAAACAUUAUUCGGUUAACUAACAACAAAUCAUGUGAACUUGAUCCAAUUCCAACUUGGCUCUUGAAGCAAUGUAUUCCUGCCUUACCCCCGAUUAUAACAAAAAUUGUUAACCUGUCGUUGCAUGAUGCAUUCAUGCCUACCCUGUUCAAACAAGCCUUUUUGACACCAAUACUGAAGAAUAUUUCCCUCAGCACAGAUGAAGAAAACAGUUUCAGACCAAUAUCUAAUCUUUCUUAUGUCUCAAAAUUAAUUGAGAAAGUGGUGGAUACCCAAUUAACAAAUCAUAUUCAGGAACAUAAUUUAGAUGAAAGCUUACAAUCGGCUUAUAAGAAACACCAUUCUACUGAAACUGCCUGGGUUCGGCUACACAAUGAUAUUUUAUCUGAGUUGGAUGACAAUAAAACUGUACUGUUGGUUAGCCUUGAUGUGAGUGCUGCAUUUGAUACCAUUGAUCAUAGUAUUUUGUUGCGUCUGCUCGAAAGUCGGUUGGGUGUCUAGGUAGGUAGGUAGGUAGGUAGGUAAAACUUUAUUUAACUACGCUAACCCCUACAGCGAAGGCUGAUUUCCAAGGGGGGCGUAGAUUUAAAUAGUUAAAAGAUACAAAUUAUGGUCAUACAUUACAUUACAUUACAGUUAACAACAAUUACAAUACAUUUACAAAUACAACUAGUAUAUAAUUAUUUACAAAUUAAAUUAAUGUUAGUACUGUUCAAUAUUUUAGAUUAACGUAAUUAUUUUAUUAAUUAAUUAAUUAAUUGGCCAGGUGUCGUAUACAUGAAUUAAACGAAGCAAGAGUAUGUUUGUUUCUUGCUUCAUCAGAAAGGAUGUUCCACAAUUUCGCUCCUCUAUAACUAAGACUUUUUUUUAAGAUAUUCAGUCUUAGGUUUAGGCAAAAAGAGUUUGGUGGAAGAGCCUCGCAUAUUAUAGUAAUAAGAGGAAGACGUCCUUUGAAAAAUAUUGGUUAGUCGUUUUGGCGCCAGUUCACGAGUUAUUUUAUACAUAAGACUUGCUACGAAAUGUGUUCUGCGUUCACUUAAAGGUCUCCAUUUCAGUUCGUCUAGAGCAAGUUCAGAUUGACCGUGUUCGUUUUUACGGCCAGUAAUAACUCUAGCUGCCCUAUUUUGUAGUUUCUCGAGUCGAUCAGAAAGUGUGGCACCAAUGGUGUCCCAAACUUCGCAGCAAUAAUCUAGGUGUGGAAGUAUAAGUGCAUUAUAAGCACAAAUUAAUGUAUUAUGGUCCACACAGAUUUUAGCUUUCUGAUCGUCCCAAUUCUGGAUGAAAUCUUCUUAGCAAUUUUAUCAAUAUGCUUAUCCCACAAUAGAAAUUCGUCAAUAUGAACUCCAAGCGCUUUUAUUUCUUUGACCUUUUUAAUUGGUGUAUCACCAACAAAUACAUUUGGAGCAGCAAGUAAAUUAUUUAUGUUGUACCGAGAUCCUAUUAGUAGAUACUCAGUUUUGACUAGAUUAAGAGAUAAUCUAUUUGCAGAAAGCCAUUGUUUAACGUUGGUAAGGUCAUGAUUUAUGAUUUAUGGCCACCUCUACAUCUUGGAUUGACUUGCCAGAUACAGUUAGAGUCGUAUCGUCGGCAAACAUUCUUGUCGACGAGUACUCCAAACUGUUAG